AGAGAGCUGGCGCUGUGACGGGCAUUUGCCCCACCCCCCUUGUGUCCUCUGGAUGGGGGAAGCCAGGAGACUGGUGCGGCCGGGGAGGCAGCGGGCUCUGCUGUGUGGCCAGCAGGCUGGUACCCAGAGAGCCACACUGGGCGGCUGUGCCGCCCCACGGCCCGCAACACUGGAAGGGGAAAGGGAAGCAGAAAGGCUUGAGCAGUAGGAACAGAUGUGGUGCUCCGUGCUCUCCAAGAGCUAGACAGAUGCAGGGCGGGAGGAAGAGAAGAUCAGGGUAGGGCCAGUUUUCUGGUGGAAUCCGGCUUUCUCUGGAAGUGCCUGGGUCUCCGGGUGACUGGGGAGAAGGAACGGGCCUGCGGGUGCUCCUGGCUAUUCACAAGGCCAGCACAGCUGGUGAGCUGAGGGAUUUCAGCUGGACAUCUCCCCGCAGACACUCCGGGGUUGCCCCCCCCCACACACCCUUCGGGCCUGGAGCUCCUUCUCUGUCACCGGGUUAUCCGCGUAAUUGAGUUACCACCUCCAGGAAAUCUCUGAUUUGGCCCCACAUAUUUUCAUUUCUGCAUGACUGGAGGAAAUUAAUUUUCCUUCCUACGCGAGGAUCUGGAGACGCAGACGGCAGCCGGGGCCACUAAUCCACAAGAUACAAGCCCGCAGUGCUGCCUGCACCACAGGCCACGGCUCCAGCCCCGGGUGGGGUCUGGGCGAGGCCUUUCCCUGCCACCUUCUGGAACUGUCAGGGUGCCGUCGGCUGGCCUUCCCCACCCCUGCUGCCCCGUCAGUGGGUUGAGUCUGGGACUGUCUGAUUCAUCCUCAGCCUCCCACGGCACCACGGUGUGCAGGAUGGCUGUUGAAGUCGGUGGAUCCCAGUUCCUUUUCUGAGUCAUUGUAUGUCUGUGUGCAUACACGUGUGUUCGGAAUCCCAAACGUGGAAGAGGCUGCGCGACCCGUGUCCCCGACACAUGGCAGAGAGCUGGCAUGCAGUAGGUGCUUAAUUAGUGCCGCUUCCGAGGAGGGGACUGGCAUUUGGGGGGGCAGCUGUGUCCUGCCCCCCGCACCACUCUCUCCUGCGAGGGCACCUGGUCCUGCUGAGCGGCCCCCGGGGGCAGCGCUGCCCCUCAGCACUCACGGAGUCAGUAAGACAACCGGCAAGCGCGCUGGAACUUAAUCUCACGACGCCCAGAGAGCUGCAGGCCCGUCAGGCCCACGAGGGGAGCCCACGUGUGCCCGUGAGCCCCCGCUCCUUCCCCGCAUGGCGCCUCCGGCCGACAGCGCCUGCCCAGCCCCCGUCAGCUGGCCUCCCCGUGCCCCGGCCCUCGUCCCUGGCCUGACUGCCAGCGCUCCUCCCGUACCUGCGGGGACUGGGAGCUGAGAGCUGGGCGCUGACAAGUGGUUCAUGUCCCAGAUGUUAGAGCCGCACCUGGACAGGCACGUGGGGCACAGUGGUGACAGCCGUCAGCAUGGCGCCACCUGGAGUCAGAGUUUCCCCGGGCUCAGGGAUGGGGAGGAGGAGCACCUCUACCCUGUCUGGGUCAUGGAAGCCCAGGGGCAGCCCUCUCCGCCCACCCUGGGACCCGGGGGGGACAGGAGCUGGGAGGGGACAUUGUCAUCUGAGAUCCUUUAGAAGCCACUGGAUGCUGUGUGUCUGCUAGUAGACCAGGGGAUGCAAACACAGUGACGCGUAGCCGGUGUCACCUCCCAGGCCUGGGGGUGGAGGAGGGGGCGUCCGGGACCCUGUGGGGGUCCAUGCAAGACUGAGGUCUCGCCAAGAUUACACUGAACUGGACAGAACCGGGCCCGGAAGGUGUUUAUCUUCCGCUGCUCGUCCACUGGGCAGGUCAGGGGGGAAGCCCCGCACUGUGGGGGGCAGGGGCAGAACAGUACCGAAGCAGGAGCCCCCAAAGCCCACACUCGGGGCCCGCAGGCCCGGCCGGGCUAUGCUUCCUCUCGUAACCUCAUGACAAGCCUGCCGGUGGGCACCCUUGCUGUCCCACUUACCAGGCGGAGACGCCGAGGCCCAGAGAGGCUCACCAGAGGCAGGCAGGCAGGCGCCACACCGAGCUGCUUCUGUGACCGAGGGUGGACAGGCCCCUGGAGCUUUCCAGAGUUGUGUGUGUGGUGUCCGUCCCUUCACUGCACACAGUGUGGCCAUCCAGAGGGACGGAGUGGGGCCGCUGCGACUGGAGGGGCAGGAGGAGCCUGGAAACUCGGGAUUGGUGGAUAUCCGUCUGGGGUGCAGCCUUUGGGGCCAGGGCUCACUGGGGGCCGUUCAGAGGGGUUGACCAAGGCUCCUUCUCUGGACCACGUCCCGGGCAGACUGGGCAGGCACCGUGCUGUAGGUUCCCAGAAGCCAGUCACCCGCUGGACAGUCCUUUGUCCUUGCAGCUCUCGGGCUGCCUGAGAGGACUGUUUGAGAUGGCGAGCCACACCUCCAAAUCCUUUCCUGGGGUCAUGACCCCAGACUUCUGGGCAAACAAGCAGGUCUGGUUCUAUGUCCAAGGUUCCCCCAAGACUGGGACCCCCUUCAUGUGGGGCUUGGAUAAGACCGUGCAGAAGGCAGGGGCUGCAGGAGGUGGCCCGGCCCCCAAGUGCUUUGGAGGACUGCCUUUAGCCAGGAACACAAAUGCAAGCAAGGGCUUUGGUGUCUGGAGACACAUUCCUGGAGUGGAAACCGCCCUUAUAGCAUCAGUGGAAAGACCCAGGCCGAGGCCUGGCAUGCGGGAUGGAAACUCAUGAUGUAACAGUGAUAAAUAAUUGGUUCCUGGUUCCCACUUAUGAGCGCACAGCUCGACCUGGGGCGUGGGGCAGACGGCUGAGCUGGAGCCUCAGACGUGCGAGAAGAUGCUUCCUACCCACGCUGUUUGCAGCACGAAAACAGAAGUGAAGACUUCUGCUUUUUGUAAUUCCUGGGACCUCACGGUGAGCCAGAUGUCACUGGGAAGGAAAACAAAGAUGCACUUGGCCGUAAUACGGAAGAUGUGUCUUCCUGCUCUGCUGUCUACCCACAUGCUCUCAGCUGUACACCGCUGGGAGCCCGGGGUGCCCCGAGGCUGGGAGCCUGGCGGACGUGGCAGGGAGGUUUGGGGAGGAUUCCAGGCACAGGCGCAUUCGUCUGUCUACUGGGGCAGAGAAAAGUCUUUGGGGGGGGCAGAGAGAAGGAGACUGGGGCUGGUGGGGAGGGUGCUUUGUGAGCUCCAUGGCCCUGAACACGGCUCACAAGGACAUCCUCGCUGUCUGGUCCUGACCUGGGAGCGCCCGGGAAAGCCAGGCUGAGGCAGUGGGAGGGAUGGGCAGCACGCUGGCUUCUCUGAGUCCUACUGCUUGGCCUGCAAUCCCAGCUCCCCUCCCAGUGGCUGUGUGGCAUCAGCAAAUCUCUCACCCUCUCUGUCUCCAGUUUCAAAUGCAAAGCGCAGUCCCAGGGCCCCCUCCCCCUUCAGAUGGUGCCGAGGUAUGUGGGGCACGGGGUCUGUCCUUGCUGAUCACUGGCCUGUGGACGUGGCUAUCACAUUCCUGCUCUGGGGGGUACCCGUUGCCAUCCUGGGGUUGGCUGGUGAGUGUGGGGAUCUGGUGCCUCUGCGGAGGGUGAACCCUUGUUUCUCUCCUUCCCAGGCAGGCCUGUGCAGGUGCUUACUGGUCCUGCCACACAGCCCAGGCCCCACGCUGCUGACCCCCUUCCCCACAUAUGGGGACACCAGCCCUGUUCCCCUUCCAUUUCAUGGAGGGGACACUGAAGCUGAGACCGUCAUGUUCCGUGGCUACUUGGUGACAGAGGUGGGCUUCCAACCCAUGGGAACCCAGGGCACCUGACUCUGGAGCCCCUGUGUCUCUGCCCUCCAGGGUCGCCAAACAGCUGGGGUCCUUGGGAACCCGGGCCCCCACUUCUUCCUUCGGCCGCCCCCUGCAGCCCUGCACAGCCUCAGCAGCCCAGCCUGGACCCUUUCCUGCUGUCCUCCCCUGUGCCCGAGAAGUCAGAACAGGACUGCCGGCCCUGGGCCGAGGGCACCGUUCCGUGUCCGUUUGGCUGUGUCCGGGGUGGAAAGAAGAGGAGGCAUGUGCGCUGCUGAUAGAGUGCAUGUCCACGGCGGGCGUAGCCACGGGUCCCGCCGGUGGCCCUUCUGCCGUCCUGGAGACCGUGGCCUUCCGAGCAUCUGGGGCUGGUCUGGGCCACUCACUCCUCGCAGGGGCUGCUGGGCUGGCCCCGCCGGGCUCUGGUCUGCAGGCAGGGAGCAGGAUGGACGCCGCCCAGCUGUGGGGUGGCCAUCUGGUGUGACCCCCUCCGGUCACGCCCCUCUGAGCUUCCAUGUCCUGUCCGGGGGCGGCCACCUCGGAGCCGCUGGGGCGUCCUGUGGAGGCCGCUUGCUCCUGCCUUUUCCACGGGAAGCGCGCCCUCUUGUGGCGGCUCAGGGUGGGGGUGGGGGUCUGGACUGAGACCCUCUCCACCCGCCUGUGGUCUGAUUGGGUGUGGAGAGUCCUGUCACCAAGAUGUGGCCUCUCUGGGUGCCUCACGGAAGUUUGGAGUUUCAUCUGCUUAUUCCGUGUGAUGUGAGUUAGAGGCCGGAGGCUUAUUCUAGAGGCUUAUUCCGUGUGAUGUGAGAUGCCCCGGAGGCCGCAUCCUGCGGGAGGUGCUCUAGGGCAGCUCCUUUGAGGAAGCGUUGGCUCACACCAGCCUUGGUGGGCCCGGAGCUGUGCCCAGCACCCACGAGCAAAGCAGACCCGGCCACGACACAAGGUGGCCAUGUGUGACAAUUUAGAUUGUGGCCAUGUUAAAAAAAAAAAAGAAAGAAAAGGGAAAACAGUGCAAUUUUCGUCACAUGUCUUAUUGAACUGAAAGGACCCAAAAUGUUGUCUUUUCACUCUGCAAUUGGUUUUUUAAAUUGUUGAGACCUUUUUUUUUUUUUUAGAGACUUUGAAGUUCUGUAUGCGUUUUGCAUGCUGGGCAUCUCAACUCUGGCCAGCCACGUCGGCCAGCUCGUGGCAGCCAUGUCAGACGGGACAGGGCAGAGGGCACAGGGAAUUCCCAGACGACCCGCACAUGAGGGCAGGCUGAGGUGGCACUGUGCAGCGUGACGCUUGGGACAGCCCCACGGAAGUGGCAGGCAGCAGAGGGGGGAGGGAAGGGCUCCAGGCAGGGGAAGGCUGGCUGUGGAGCCAGAUGGCAGGACCCUGGACGCAGAGAGGACUCUGGCUUUUGUCCCUGGAGCCCCCUGAGCCUGGCUGGCUGGGGCGGGGGCUGGUCAGAUUUGCAUUUUGAGAAGGCCGUCCAGGGCAGAACAUGGGGAGACACAGGGAGGCAGCGUCCAGACGCAGGGCUCUGCGGGGCGGGGGUCAGGGUUGGACUGCUGGGGGAGGCGUCCAGGGCGAUGCUGAGUCCUGGUCAGUCUCCAGACAGUGUAUGUGUCCAGGAGAAGCUGCACCUGCCACCCUUCCCUGUGCGUCUCACCUGGAGCUCCCAGCGUCAGCCCAGAGGCCGCUUCUGUCCCGCAGUCCGAGUGCCGGUGGGAACGUGGCAGCCCAGGGUGCUUCUUUCCUAAAAAGGCACACUUCAACCACCUACACAUCCGUCUUUGCCUCGUGAGGAAGGGUGGAGGGCCCUGUACAUGGGGGGGGGGUGUCCAGCCCGAAGGGGAGGAGCUCACUCCGUGGACCUGGAGUCCUUGUGUGUGUGAGCGUGUGAAUGAGUGUAUUAUGUAUGUGUACAGGUCUGAAAACCAGGCCUGAAGGAAGUGUGACCUCUGACCUGGCUAGCCAGAGAGCGGUUGCUCUGGGGCACUCAUGGGGAGCCCAAGGGCUGGCCUCUGUGUCCAGAGUGACCGCCACAGCAGUGCACGGCAGCAUCUGGCCCCCAGCUGGCCUUUCCUGCCCAAUGGCACUGCAGCCCCUGAGAACUGUGUAUAAAGUGUCCCCAGACUCGAUGGGACCACCUCACAAGUCCCAAUAUGCCAGCCCCAGCCAGGACCCCACAAACUGGAGACCCAAGUCAGCACCCAGUAAGAGGGCUAGCAGAGGACUCAGAGAUGGGACUUUAUCCCCAGGACACCUGUCACCACACACCUACAUGGGCUGUCCCCAAGAUGCCUGUCACUACACAUCUACAUGGACCAUUUCAGGACACCUGUCACUAUAAUACAUCUACAUGGACUCUGCCGGGAUUUGUCAUUAGCAUCCAUGCGGACUGUCCCAGGACACCUGUCACUACCAUCUACUUGGACUAUCCCAGGACACCUGUCACUACCAUCUACUUGGACUAUCCCAGGACACCUGUCACUACCAUCUACUUGGACUGUCCCAGGACACCUGUCACUACCAUCUACAUGGACUGUCCCAGGAUGCCUGUCACUACACGUCCAAUGGACUGUCCCAGGAUACUUGUCACUACCAUCUACAUGGACUGUCCCAAGACGCCUGUCACCACCAUCUACAUGGACUGUCCCAGGAUGCCUGUCACUACACGUCCAAUGGACUGUCCCAGGAUACUUGUCACUACCAUCUACAUGGACUGUCCCAGGACGCCUGUCACCACCAUCUACAUGGACUGUCCCAGGAUGCCUGUCACUACACAUCCAAUGGACUGUCCCAGGAUACUUGUCAUUACCAUCUACAUGGACUGUCCCAGGACGCCUGUCACCACCAUCUACAUGGACUGUCCCAGGACACCUGUCACCACCAUCUACAUGGACUGUCCCAGGACACCUGUCACUACACAUCUACAUGGACUGUCCCAGGACACCUGUCACUACACAUCUACAUGGACUGUCCCAGGACUCCUGUCACUACACAUCCAAUGGACUGUCCCAGGAUGCCUGUCACUACCAUCUACAUGGACUCUCCCAGGACGCCUGUCACUACCAUCUACAUGGCCUGCCCCAGGAUGCCUAUCAUUGCUCAUCUGCAUGGACUGUCCCAGGACGCCUGUCACUACCAUCUACAUGGACUGUCCCAGGACACCUGUCACUACACAUCCAAUGGACUGUCCCAGGAUACUUGUCACUACCAUCUACAUGGACUGUCCCAGGACGCCUGUCACCACCAUCUACAUGGACUGUCCCAGGACACCUGUCACUACCAUCUACAUGGACUGUCCCAGGACACCUGUCACUACACAUCUACAUGGACUGUCCCAGGACUCCUGUCACUACACAUCCAAUGGACUGUCCCAAGAUGCCUGUCACUACCAUCUACAUGGACUCUCCCAGGACGCCUGUCACUACCAUCUACAUGGCCUGCCCCAGGAUGCCUAUCAUUGCUCAUCUGCAUGGACUGUCCCAGGACGCCUGUCACCACCAUCUACAUGGACUGUCCCAGGACGCCUGUCACCACCAUCUACAUGGACGUCCCAGGACGCCUAUCAUUGUACAUCUACACAGACUGUCCCAGGAUGCCUAUCAUUGCUCAUCUGCAUGGACUGUCCCAGGACGCCUGUCACCACCAUCUACAUGGACUGUCCCAGGACGCCUGUCACCACCAUCUACAUGGACGUCCCAGGACGCCUAUCAUUGCACAUCUACACAGACUGUCCCAGGAUGCCUAUCAUUGCUCAUCUGCAUGGACUGUCCCAGGACGCCUGUCACCACCAUCUACAUGGACUGUCCCAGGACGCCUGUCACCACCAUCUACAUGGACGUCCCAGGACGCCUAUCAUUGCACAUCUACACAGACUGUCCCAGGAUGCCUAUCAUUGCUCAUCUGCAUGGACUGUCCCAGGACGCCUGUCACCACCAUCUACAUGGACUGACCCAGGACACCUGUCACUACACAUCCAAUGGACUGUCCUAGGAUACUUGUCACUACCAUCUACAUGGACUGUCCCAGGAUACCUGUCACCACCAUCUACGUGGACUGUCCCAGGACACCUGUCACUAUCAUCUACAUGGACUGUCCCAGGACACCUGUCACUAUCAUCUACAUGGACUGCCCCAAGAUGCCUGUCAUUGCUCAUCUCUAUGGACUGGCCCAGGACGCCUGUCACUACCAUCUACAUGGACUGUCCCAGGACACCUGUCACUACACAUCCAGUGGACUAUCCCAGGAUACUUGUCACUACCAUCUGCAUGGACUGUCCCAGGACGCCUGUCACCACCAUCUACAUGGCCUGCCCCAGGAUGCCUAUCAUUGCUCAUCUUUAUGGACUGUCCCAGGACGCCUGUCGCUACCAUCUACAUGGACUGUCCCAGGACACCUGUCACUACACAUCUACAUGGACUGUCCCAGGACUCCUGUCACUACACAUCCAAUGGACUAUCCAGGAUACUUGUCACUACCAUCUGCAUGGACUGUCCCAGGACGCCUGUCACCACCAUCUACAUGGACUGUCCCAGGACGCCUGUCACUACCAUCUACUUGGGCUGUCCCAGGACUCCUGUCACUACACAUCCAAUGGACUAUCCAGGAUACUUGUCACUACCAUCUGCAUGGACUGUCCCAGGACGCCUGUCACCACCAUCUACAUGGACUGUCCCAGGAUGCCUGUCACUACCAUCUACUUGGACUGUCCCAGGACGCCUGUCACUACCAUCUACUUGGGCUGUCCCAGGACGCCUGUCACUACACAUCCAAUGGACUAUCCAGGAUACUUGUCACUACCAUCUGCAUGGACUGUCCCAGGACGCCUGUCACUACCAUCUACUUGGACUGUCCCAGGACGCCUGUCAUUGCACAUCUACACAGACUGUCCCAGGAUGCCUGUCACACACAUUUACAUGGACUGUCCCAGGACGCCUGUCACUACCAUCUACAUGGACUGACCCAGGACACCUGUCACUAUACAUCCAAUGGACUGUCCCAGGAUACUUGUCACUACCAUCUACAUGGACUGUCCCAGGACGCCUGUCACCACCAUCUACAUGGACUGUCCCAGGAUGCCUAUCAUUGCACAUCUACACAGACUGUCCCAGGAUGCCUGUCACACACAUUUACAUGGACUGUCCCAGGACGCCUGUCACUACCAUCUACAUGGACUGUCCCAGGACGCCUGUCACCACCAUCUACAUGGACUGUCCCAGGACACCUGUCACUACCAUCUACAUGGACUGCCCCAAGAUGCCUGUCAUUGCACAUCUCUAUUGACUGUCCCAGGACACCUGUCAGCAUAUCUGUAUGGACUGUCCCAGGAUGCCUGUCACCACACUGCCCACACACUAGUCCUCACUCGGCAUAUUGUGUGGCCUGGUCCUUCAGGCUCUUCUCUAUCCAUGUGAAACCUCCUUUUCUGCAUUUCAGCAAUCCUGGUAGUUAAAUACCUGGCCGAGGGACCCAGCAGAGCACCUGGCCCUGUCUGAGUGGGCAGGAAGGACAAGACGGCAACGAUGCCCGACUCGCCUGCCGAGGUGAAGACGCAGCCCCGCUCCACGCCCCCCGGCAUGCCGCCCCCAGCGCCUGCCGCGUCCCAGGGGGCCACCCGGCUCCCCUCCUUCACGCCUCACACAAAUCGAGAAGACGGGCCCACGAUGUCCCUGCCCCACGGCCGUUUUCAUGGCUGCUUAAAGUGGUCUAUGGUCUGUCUUUUGAUGAACGGCAGUCACUCGCCAACGGCCGUCAACGGGGCCCCGUCCACACCCAGCGGCUUCAGCAAUGGCCCGGCCACCUCGUCCACAGCCUCGCUGUCCACGCAGCACCUGCCCCCGGCCUGUGGGGCGCGGCAGCUCAGCAAGCUCAAGCGCUUCCUCACCACCCUGCAGCAGUUCGGCAGCGACAUCUCCCCGGAGAUCGGGGAGCGCGUCCGCACGCUGGUGCUGGGGCUCGUGAACUCCACGCUGACCAUCGAGGAGUUCCAUUCCAAGCUCCAAGAGGCCACCAACUUCCCUCUGCGUCCAUUUGUCAUCCCCUUCCUGAAGGCAAACCUGCCCUUGCUGCAGAGGGAGCUCCUGCACUGCGCCCGCCUGGCCAAGCAGACCCCCGCCCAGUACCUGGCCCAGCAUGAGCAGCUCCUACUGGACGCCAACGCCUCCUCGCCCAUCGACUCCUCCGAGCUCCUGCUGGACGUCAACGACAACGGCAAGAGAAGGACACCUGACAGGACCAAAGAGAAUGGGUCAGACCGUGACCCACUGCACCCCGACCACCUCAGCAAACGGCCGUGCACCCUGAGCCCCGCCCAGCACUACAGCCCCAGCAAUGGGCGGCCCCAGCCCACACCGCCGCACUACCGCCUCGAGGACAUGGCCGUGGCCCACCACUUCCGUGACUCCUACCGCCACCCUGACCCCCGGGAGCUGCGGGAGCGCCAUUGGCAACUCGCAGUGCAUGGGUCCCGGCAGGAGGAAGUGAUCGACCACAGGCUCACGGAGCGGGAGUGGGCAGAGGAGUGGAAGCAUCUCAACAACCUUCUGAACUGCAUCAUGGACAUGGCUGAGAAGACACGGCGGUCACUCACGGUCCUGCGUCAGUGCCAGGAAGCUGACCGCGAGGAGCUCAACCACUGGAUCCAGCGCUACAGUGACACUGAGGACGCCAAGAAGGGCCCCGUGCCUGCCACUGCCCGGCCCCUCAACAGCAACGUGGGCGCAGAGGGGUCUCAGCUGGACACCCACCGGGAGUUCGUGCCUAGGACCCUGUCUGGCUACAUGCCCGAGGAGAUAUGGAGGAAGGCUGAGGAGGCGGUGAAUGAGGUGAAGCGGCAGGCGAUGUCUGAGCUGCAAAAAGCCGUGUCGGACGCCGAGCGAAAGGCUCACGAGCUCAUCAGCACAGAGCGCGCCAAGAUGGAGCGGGCCUUGGCUGAAGCCCGGCGGCAGGCCUCGGAGGACGCCCUGACCGUGGUCAACCAGCAGGAGGACUCCAGUGAGAGCUGCUGGAACUGUGGGCGCAAGGCCAGCGAGACGUGCAGCGGCUGCAACGCGGCCCGAUACUGCGGCUCCUUCUGCCAGCACCGGGACUGGGAGAAGCACCACCACGUGUGCGGCCACAGCCUGCAGGGCCCCGUGGCCGCCGUGGCCGACCCGGGGCCCGCGCAGCCCGACGCCGCGGCCGGCCUGGGCCCCUGCCUGCCCGCCGGGGCCGCCAGCCCCAGCGAGGCCAGCUCCGCGGGGCCCUCCCGGCCCGGCUCGCCCGGCCCGCCCGGGCCCCUGGACGCCGCGCCCCGCUGACCCCCCACCCCGGCCCACGGAUGCCGCGCCCUCCGGCCCGCCCGGCCCCCCAGCCCGCCGGCCGCUGCCCCCGGCCCUGGGAGCCGCUGCUGCUACCGCUUCUCUCCAAAAGAAAAGAGAACCAACAAAAACUGCAUCAACGCAACUUCCUCAGCUACCUGGCGGUCUCACGCCACGACCGCUCCGAGCGUCCUCAGAGACCCCCACCGAGCUUUAGCCGGCAGAGUGGCCCAGCCGGAGCGUGACCGGCUCGCCCGCCGCCUGUCCCCCUCCCGCUCGCGCGCCCCCGCUUUCCUGUCGUUAUCACCCUCGUACGCUUUCUCUUUAACGAAGAAAUCUGUUGGGUGGCUUCUAUUUUCAGUGAAGAAUUUUGGGGGGUUUUGUGGAACAGACCUACUCAGAAGUGGAUAAAGGAAACGGGGGUUUUGUCCGCUUCCUGCUUAAAACGGGAAACAGAAAAUUGACAUCUUACAGCUGGAGGUCUGAGCCGCCGUGGCCCAGAAUCCACCCCAGGGGCACGUGGCCGACGCGGUGAAGACGGUAAGAACGAUUUCAAUUUCCAACUCGAGAAACAUUUUUCGGAGUUUUUUUUUCCUUUAAUGUCAAACUCUUCGGCUUUAAGUAGAAAUCCAAAAAGUUUUUAAAAAAAAAAAAAAAAAAAAGGAAAGGAAGCAUACCGGUAAACUACCUUACCAGCUAGCCAGCCAAGGACGCCGGACACACCUCUGCUCCAAAGGAAAUCCAAAAAGCAAACACAAGAAGUCAAAAUCCAAAAUGGUUUUGUCACUGCCAAAGUAUCCUAUCCACGGUUUUACUCCACUUUUGGAUUUGUUCAGGUGUCGUCCUGUUCUCUUGCUUUGAUUCCGUGUUUCGGGUUGUGGGGACAUUGGGGUUUGGAGGGUUUCACUCAACAAGAGGCCCCCUGGGUUUCUCUGCCACGACAGAGGGCUCCCCACCCACGUGAAUGCAUGUCCACAUGUGUCCGCGCGUGCGGGGGCCACCCCCAUCUGUCCUCACGCCCUCCGUGAAUUCUCAUCACAUUGCAUGUUUUCCACGCGAGAACGCGCUAACGUGUCCUUCCCAGGAGAGAGUAACUCUGAAGCCAAACUGUGACAAUCUUUUGGGUUGAUUCUUGACUGCGUCUCAAAGCUUGAGGAGACAGCAUCCGGGCCCUGGAACUGCUGCUUCUCCAUCUCUCCUCCUCUACCUCUCCUCGCACCCCACGAGGCUGCCCGCCGCCACCCCAGCCCCGGAGUCUGCUGUCCGCACUCUCCUCUCUGCACACAGUUGCAGAAAUAGAAGGAAAGCUACAAAAAGAACGCCCUCACCAGACCUACUGGAGAUUCGGUCAGCUGAAGAGAGCCCCACGUUUCUGUCUAGCUGCUCCUUGGGGGCACGGUCUCUCGGGGCCCCCAGCCCUGUCCCCUCACCCCACUCAGCUGCCCCAACCAUCUCAAGGAGGAAAUGAAGGAGUAAGGAAGCCCUCGCGUGUACUCCGUGGCAGGACCCACGGUGGACGCGGCCCAUGGCCUGGCAUUUCCUGGCAUCGCGGUGAGAGAGUCCCAGGACUGCAGUGCAAUAUGGGGAGUGACCAGCUACUGAAACCGGGGCUCCUGGGGGCCCCGCCGAGAGGCAAGAAAUCAAGAGUAUACGCUAAUGUGAAUGUAUAUAGUCCUUGCAGAGGUCCAAAUAAUGAUGUUCAUGAUGGUGAUAAUAAAGAAGGGAUGUUUGCCAAAUAAAACCAGAGCGAAACCGCGGAAGUAUAUAAAGCUUAGGAAGUAGAUUUUCAAAGAAAUUGGAACUGUGGUCCUGUGGGGAGCAGUGUGUUUGUGUGAUUGCUGUGAUUUUUUCCAGAGCUGUAGGAAUUCAUCAUUCGGUCCUGGGAGGAAGGGUUCCAUCCAGGGGCCGCAGAUCAGGUGCCAUCCCAAAUCCUGCCUGACGGUGGAACCUGCAUUCUGGAAGUCGAGAUAGACCCAUCUUAUCCUCCAGAAAUGUCCCCAGCCUCAAGCCACGGGUCCGUGCACCUGUCAAAGGUUCGCUUUCGUGGGUUUCAGAAAAGCAAGGACCAGUUCGGGAUUUGGGCUCUCGAUGAGACUCUGGAAUCCCACCUGUCGUGUGUCCAGGCUUCUGUCUUUCUCUCUGGCAAGCGCCGAACCUAUGAAAACAGUAGUUUUGGAUGUGCACCUUGGAAGCAGGUGUUUUUGGACUCUGUUCCCCAAGGUUGUGUCCAGAGAGCGUCUGGCCCAAGUACACUGGGGGUCUGGGUGAGCAGGUCUAAGGCCCCGAUGACCCAUGUCCCUGAUGUCGGGACUAGAGUGAGGCCGCUGCUCUGAGGCAAGGCCUGCAGGAGCCCUCACUUGGGACCAGCUGGUCUGCUCUGCCAGCCUGUCUCCCUGCCCCUCACAAGGCCUCCCUCUGGGGACGAGCAGGUGCACCAGGGAGUGUAGCAUGUCGGCUGGCUGGGGGUGCCCCUGCCACACCAGAGGCCAAGGGUCCGAGAUGGGGCAGACCCUCCCACCCUAGCUGUUGGGAACAGGUCACCCUCGAGCCAGCUCUAAAAGGCCAUCUUCCCGGUGUGGUUCCUACAUCCAUGUCCCGUAUAUCAAAAAGCCAGCCUCCAGGGGGCUGCAGUAGCCCGGCAUGAAGAGCUGACCCCAGGCUGAUGGAUGGAGCCCCUGCAGGCUGAGAGCAUGGCAGGAUCAGGGCAUGGCAGCCGGGUGGGGUAGGGGGCCUGCAGUGAGGAAGCUGAGGCCCAGAGCCAGCAGCAGGGAGAUACCCUGGUAAGUGCUGUGUCCGCCAGCACCCAGCAGCUCCUUCCACCCAGGGAAGCCUGAGAGGGGCCCUGGGGCUCGGUCCAUGUUUUGGGGGCUGGUGUUCCUGUCCGUCACUGUGCUCAGGCCCCAUUCGGCCAAAGACCUCACAGGAGAACCAAACACAGGAUCGAUAGCUUUGGGGAGGGGCUGUGGCAGAGUUUCUGUUGUAGGAGAUGGGCUAGAGUGUGCACCUGUCCUGUGUAAAGAGGGGAUCUACAGAAGGGGAUCUAGCCUCCUGCCCUCUGCUCAGAGACUAUCGUGCCCUCCUGAGCUUAUGAACCACUGGCCAGAGGGCAGCGUGCAAGGGUCUCCUUCCCACCGGCCACCACCACACAGGUGACCCAGUGAGAUGCAGAUGCUCAUGGAGCCUCCCUCCCCCUAAAUCAAACUAAAAGGGCUCCUCUCCUGUUCUGAGCCCCAAGCUGCCGCAGGAAGGCAGAGCGAGACUGGCAGGUCAGGUGGCAGCCAGAGCUCCCUCGUCCAGAGCCAGGCCACAUAUGGUGCACAGAUGGGGGGUGCGGGGCCAACGAGAUGGAUGCUGGCACCCCUAGGCCCUCUCACUCCCCAGUGUGUGACCCCUCGACCUUUCCCACCUCCUCCUCUGCCUCCCCUGUUUCCCAUCCUGCCCUGGACCCAGGCUGGCCUUUCCAUUAGGACAUGUCACUGUCCCCAGGUGGUAUCUGACGGGUGUCCGAACAAGGACCAGUGCUGCCUCCUCCACGUGUGAACAGGUUGGCGCACCCCAGACCCCAUCGGAAUAGAGGGUCCCCAUCCCCACAGCUCACCAGGACCAAAGGGAAGCCUCAGGUGUUACCAGGAGCAAAGAGGACAGAUGGAUACAGCCUUGGGGGUCCAGAAGGGUCAGGGCCAGGACAAGAGGAGCCAGAUGCCCAGGCAAGGGGCUUCCCCCAUGGGAUCCACAGGUGGAGCCACUCACUAGAGGCCUCUAGAGCUUCAGCAGCAGGGGAGAUGGACAGGAGAGGGGCUGGGAGGUACUGGUUUUAGUUUCAUCUCAAUGACAUGGUGGAAAGAGAUCAGGACAGGCCCUAACUUUCUCUUUUGCCAAUUUUCCCAAAUAUAUCCUCAAAAUGACACCAAAGUCCCUUCAUUGUUAUCCACCCAUCCUGCCUGUUCCAGCCUACUCUAGGAAGCAUGGCUGGCCAUUACUCUGCCCAUCCCCCCAGCCAACCUACAAUUGUUUCUUGAUUCUUUUAUUUCAUCAGCUCACCCUUCUGACCAAUCAGUCAUCUGUCUGGCCAUCCAUCCAUCCACCCACCCACCCAUCCAUCCAUCCACCUAUCCAUCCAUCCACCCAUCCACCCAUCUACCCAUCCACCCAUCUACCCAUCCAUCCAUCCAUCCAUCCAUCCAUCCAUCCAUCCAUCCAUCCAUCCAUCCACCCAUCCACCCAUCCACCCAUCCAUCCAUCCAUCCAACCAUCCACCUAUCCACCCACCCACCCCAUCCAUCUACCCAUCCAUCCACCCGUCCUUCUGUCCAUCCAUCCAUCCAUCCAUCCACCCAUCCUUCCGUCCAUCCAUCCAUCCACCCAUCCACCCAUCCAUCCAUCCACCCACCUUCCAUCUAUCCAUCCACCCACCCAUCCAUCCACCCAUCCAUCUGUCCAUCCAACCACCCACCCAUCCAUUCACCCACCUGUCCAUCCACCCGUCCACCCACCCGUCCAUCUGUCUAUCCAUCCAUCCACCCAUCCACCCACCCAUCCAUGUAUCCAUCCAUCCACCUAUCCACCCACCCAUCCACCUAUCCACCCACCCAUCCCUCCAUCCACCUAUCCAUCCAUCCACCCACCCACCAACUCACCCAUUCAGCCAAACACCCACCCAUUCAUCUGUCCAUCUAUUACUCUAUCCCAGCUGCCACUUGAUUCCACCCUCCCCCAUUCAAACUUUCACUUAAUCACCUCUCUAUUCACCAUCCACCCCAAUACAUACCAGUCACAUAUCUGUCCAUCUCUUCUCCAAUCUAACCCACACAGCCAUGCCUCAGUCCAUCCACCCUGUCCACUUCCAUCCUCUGAACCCAGAGUAGCAUCACCAAGUCCCCCAGUAUUCCAAAGCAACAAGGGCAAUUUGGAUCUUCCCAUGACCUCGACUGCCCUAAAGGAAUCUGCCUGUCGGCUCAGCAAGCUUCCCCAGUGCCUCAACCAUUGGUCCAGGCCUGCUCCAGGGACAGAUAAAGCUCUGCUGCAGGCAUUGUAAGUAGACUGGACCAAUGUCCUAGCAACAGCUUUGGCCAGUCUGGGCCAGCCUGGCAAGUGUGGUGGCCAUGGGCCAGGAGCACUCAUUGGGAGAUGGCCCACACACCUGCUCAGGGGCCCUGUGACCAGAGCCACCAGUCAGGGUGAGCACAUUCCCUGGCAAGACCCCAACAUUGUGGGUGUCCUGUCCUUGUCUCCAAGGGUCACUGCCCGGAGGAGGUGUCCUCAGGAAAGGAGGGGGAGGGGCAGAAAGAUGCCAGUGCUUCUGGAGCUCUUCUCCCCGGGUAUGCAUGGCUCGCUCUGCCUCCUUCCCACUCCCAUCCUCCAUCCUGGGCUACCAGACUCUGGAAAUUAGCCCUUUAGGGCUCUGGAGAGCUAUAGGAACAGACCCUGCCCAAGCUGAAUUUGGUUGAUGGCGUGGGCGGGGGGAGAGGGGCGCAGAUCUCUGGGACACUAGAGGCCCCGCACUUCCUAGCUCCAGGCUCCCAUGCCACACGGGAUAUUUUCCAAAAUGGGACUGGGCGCAAGUUCCCCAGACGAUGGUCCUGCUAGCAGGAUUGGAGGAGAAAACAGAACACAAGGAGCUAGAUUGGGGGUACAUAAGGCCUGGGGAGCCCAGCAUCUGCGACAGCACCUAUCUGGUCCCCCACAGUUCUGGAAAACUCAAUUUUGCAUGCUUUCUAUUCCUUUUGUUUCAAUUCAGCUGGCUGCUGGAGUGCCACCCCAAAGACCCCUUGUGAUACGUCGGGACUCAAACUGGAGCCUGUUUUUUAAAUAUUAGAACAGAGGCAGUGGACACCCUUGCUGUCCACAGGGACGAGGGGGCCCAGCCAGGCUGGCCUCCAGGGUGUCAGGCCCUGGGAACAGGCUCAUGGGGAUUGGAUGGAUUUUUCCUCUUCUCCUUUUUUUUUUUUUUUUUUAAACUCCUCAAAAGGAGUUGGAGCGAGUGUUGUUUCAUUUUCCUGUGACGGGCUUUCCUCAGCGCUGUGGAACCCAUGGCAUGCCGUCCCCGUUGUGUGUCCCCUGAUGUGCUUUGUUUGACCUGGGUGCUGUAAGACGUCAUGAUUCAGGUCACGUCCGUUAUCUGUGUCGUGUAAUAAAGCCAACGUUUGCCAU